CGCCGUCGACGCCGUGGGUUUAUCGGUUUGACCCACGUUUAACGCGCCCGAAUGCGUUUAUUUCCUCCACUGUCGGUUUGUUGGACGACCACCGAGACCUAAGAUGGCGGACGAGAGCAUGCGCAGCAUCGCCGACCUGCGCGACGGCGCAGCCCUCUGCUUUGCGAUUGCCGAGGCCGUCGCCGUUGAGGACGAUGACGUGGCCACGUGGCAGAACACGAUCAAGUUCCUCGAGGGCUCGCUGGCCAUUGCCAAGCAGCACCACGCCGAGUUUGUCAAGACCGCGGCCAUGAGCGGGUCGGCGGGCGACAACCUCGUCUUCACGCUGCCCAAGGCGACCUGCAUCUCGCCAAAAGGCAAGCUCGACAUUGACUUUGGCGACUUCAACGUGACGAUCACGGGCAAGGACUUUGUCGUCACGACGCCGUACACGAACGUCGACGCGCUGCUCAAGCUGCCGCGCCACAACGCCGUGUCCAAGACCAAGGUCGCGUCGUACGAGUUUGUGCUGCGGCUGGAAAAGCCAGUGAGCUACCGCAAGUCGACGCUCAAGUACAUUGCCUUUGACGUGAGCGCGACGAGCGCAGUGAUUGCAAACGAAAACAUCAUCCUCCAUGACGCUGCUUUGGAGAAUGAUACGACCAUAACACAAGCCAAGCUCCAUGCGGGCGUCCAGAUGCAGCUGCAGAAGCUCAUGAGCCACAUCCGCGUCAUCGCAGAGCCCACGACGGGCAACCAGCGCUACGUGAGCACGCACGGCGAAUCGUUUGUCAAGUGCUAUCGCAAGACCACGAGUGGCCACCUCUUCUUUCUUCCUGAAGGGCUCUGCUUUUUGAACCCACCGCUCUUCUUGAGCCGAAGCGAAGUCGACGCGAUCGAGACGGGCCGCAAGACGUCGCUGCACCUGCGGUCGUUCGACUUGGUCGUCGACGUCGUUGGUGAACCCUCGGUCGAGUUCUCGAUGGUCGAGAAGGAAGAGAUGCCAAGCAUUACCGAGUUUGUCAACAUGUUCAAGGUGCUCAAGGACGACGAUGCGCGCGACAAUCCGGACGAAAGCACGGGCGACACGCAAAUGACGGUUGAAGAAGACUCGGAAGAAGACGACUCGGACUUUGUCAUGGGCGCCGACUCGGACGACACGGACGACGACUACGACGACCUCUCGGGCUCGGCCUAUAGUGAUGAUAGCGGUAGCGAUACCGAUAUGGAUGUUGGCAUCGUCGACAGCCUCGCGGCAGCAGGCCAAACCAUCGACGACGACGAGGAAGGUCCGCUCGGGCCGUUUCCCGACCAACACGGCAUGGACGACAUAUAAUUUGUGUACAAAUUCAACUGAAUAAAUAUCAUGACUGCACCGACCAGUGAGUGGGCCAACGGCUCGACACAAGUUGCGUGAGG